GGAGGAAGAAAAAGACGUAGAAAAAAAAAAGAAAUCCGCUGAAAAAGAUCCUUCCCUUUUUUCCGAAGAAAAAGGUAUUUUGGAAAAAGAAUUGGACUUGAAGGUAAAUGAACCAGACUUGGAAGGGUCUGAUUCCGAAUUGGAAAUCCUUGAAAAAAAUGAAAAUAAAGAACAUAUUGUGGCUCUUCUUUUUGAUUAUAAAAGAUGGACUCGCCCAUUUCGUUACAUAAAAAAUAAUAGACUUGAACAAGCUGUAAGAAACGAAAUGGCACAAUAUUUCUUUGACAUACAUAAAAGUGAUGGAAAAGAUAGAAUAUCUUUUACCCAUCCGAUAAGUUUAUCAACGUUUUUUCAAAUAAUCAAAACAAAGAUACCCCUUUUGUCACUAGAAAAAGAUAUUUCUAAUACAUUGGACAAUUUUUUGGGUUUCUAGAAACAAACAAAAAUUAAAUUCUAUAAAAAUUGAUUUGCUAAAUCGAAUUAAAAAUCUUGACAAACCAGUAGCAGUUCCAAUAAUCGAAAUUGAAACAAACAAAACGCGAUUAUGUAUACACAAUGAUGAGACUAGAAAAGAAUACUUACCAGAAAAGUAUGAUCCCUUGUUAAAUGGGCCUUCCCGCGGAAGAAUAAAAAAAGAUAUCACGUCGAUAAACGAUACUUCGAUCAAAAAGUUGAGAGAGAAGGUUAUGCUAAAUAGACUUCAUGCUUUAUUGUUGAUGUCUACUUUUGAAAAAAAGGAAAAAAAACCAUUACAAGUUGGUGAGUUCUCAACUUUAUCAUCAAGUUUCAAUUUAACGGAUUCAGAACAACUAACAAAAUUUUUAGUAAAUGCAAUUGAGACAGACGAUAAAAAAUCUUCUGCAAUAGAAAAAAUAGGUAAAGAAGAAAUUGGUAAAAAAGUCCCCCGAUGGUCAUACAAAUUAAUAACUGAAUUGGAACAAAUAUCGUAUUUUACAAAUCCACCAGAUGAUCAUGAUAUUCGUUCAAGAAAAGGGAUCAGUGUAUUAAUUUUUGAAGAACCUAAGACUCUCAAAGAU